GAUCAUUACAUCACCACCACCGAGCACUGCCACCGUACGAACCAUCGUCCAUCCUCCCAGUCCGGGGCGCGCGCUCUCAGAUCGGAUCGGGUACGCCGGAGACAAGAGACGAUGAUGCAUCGCGCCGACGGCCUCGACCUGGGCCUCGGGCUGGGGCUCGGCCUCGCUUCCCAGGGCAGCCUCACGUCCUCCACCACCACCGCCGCAUCCUCCUCCCCGGCCUCCGCCUCCCACUCGCAGCACUGGACCGCCGCGCUCAGCUCCGUCAUCGGCUUGCGGAAGGAGGAACCGGGGGUGCAGGCGUCCACGUCGCCCGAGAGCGGCGGCACAAAGAGGGGCCUGGAACGGACCGGCUCCGGCCUGGCCGCGGGCAGCGACGAGGACGACGACGGCGGUGAUGGCGCCGGCGGGCGCAAGAAGCUCAGGCUCUCCAAGGACCAGGCCGCCGUCCUCGAGGAGUGCUUCAAGACGCACAGCACGCUCAACCCCAAGCAGAAGAGGGCGCUGGCGAACCGGCUGGGCCUCCGGCCGCGGCAGGUGGAGGUGUGGUUCCAGAACCGCCGGGCGCGCACCAAGCUCAAGCAGACGGAGGUGGACUGCGAGUACAUGAAGCGCUGCUGCGAGCAGCUCGCCGAGCAGAACCGCCGCCUCGAGAAGGAGGUAGCCGAGCUCCGCGCGCUCAUGGCCGCGCCGCCGCCGCACAGCGCGGCGGCAGCGGCGGGGCCACUGACCACCCUCACCAUGUGCCUCUCCUGCAAGCGCGUCGCGUCCACGUCCUCUGCCUCGGCCUGCGACGUGCCCAACUUUUCCACUAAUGCCGGCAUCGGCAUGCCCAUGCCAUCCCCGGUGGCACUGCCAGACCACCGGCAGUUCUUCUGCGGGUACAGAGACACCGGAGCAACGUACGGCGGCUCUUCGGGCCUCACCAAGGUGGUCAAGCCGGCCAGAUAGAACGAGCUAUCUCUGACGCCGCCAUGAUCAGCAUGCCAAGCAAGCUAUAACAAAAAUGGCGGCAUUGUCACAACUCACAAACUUAAGCUGGUUUAGCAGAAAGUUUAGUCCUUCGUUUUCUCAGUCUCAGGGGGAAAUGUAAGUUAAUUAAUUCUAGCAAUUUAGGGCCGAAUUAUCCAUCGAAAUGAGUUCCGGCGGGGAUGGAUGUAUGAAUGUGAAAAUCUAAUGAAAUGACAUGAGAAACUAAUUCACACUAGGAA